AAGAUCAGAAAAGAGUCCAGCCUGACAUUCUUCAUAACAUUCAGUUCACUGUGAACCACUCGUCACAUUGAACACACCCUUUUCCGAAAUAUACUUUGAUUGAUAGAUCAUGCAGCCAAUCCGCGACGACGUGACGUAGCCCGUCUUGACCAAUAGUUAUUCUCCAAGAGGCGGGCCAACCGCAGACACCGGCAGAUUAACGCUCAGAGCAUCUUGUUAUCUUCAGUACCGCUUCUCAGCGCCCAUUGUUGGAACGAACAGUCAGAAAUCAGUCCUGUUCAGGAGCACUGUGGCAAACAAACUGACGCUUGUGCUGCCUUCAACUGGAACGCUGGGAAACAAGUGGCUUAGAACUCCUCAUUUUCUGCUUUUGCUGCCUGCUGACUGGCUAAGGAUGGCAGUAAGUCCUGAGCGUAAACAAGAUGUGGAAGGCCCAGGUGACCCAGUUGUUCGUUUCCAGAGCUACUUGCACGGAGGAACUUCCAGCUUGCUAUCGACCCUUCCCACUCUCAUCGUCUUCCCUGUCUAUAAGACUGUCUUUCGUCAACAAAUCCACAACACGGCAGUUCACCAGGCGGUGGGACAGCUCUGCAAAGAGGGACCUGUGAAGCUCUACAGAGGCGUGGUUCCACCAUUAGUGAUGAGGACACUGAAUGGAACGCUGCUUUUUGGUCUCCAGGACACCCUCCUCCACCAGCUGUCCUCCCAGACAGUCGUCUCCACCUCUGCUCUUUCUGCUGUGGCUGGGUUCGGUGCAGGUGUGGUAGAAGCUGUGGUGUUCACCCCCUUUGAGCGUGUUCAAAACGUGUUGCAGAACAGCCAGAAUGACCGCCAGCUACCCUCCCUGAAGAGUGUUCUUGUGAAGCUGAGGGCACAGAGGAUGGCCUCAGGGUUCUACAGAGCCUUCCUGCCCAUUGCAGCCCGCAACGCCCUGGGCAGCUCCCUCUAUUUUGGCCUGAAGGGGCCUGUGUGUGGUGUGGUGGCAGAGCAGGGCCUGUCUCCAGAGGCCUCCUCGUUUGUCUCAGGAACGCUGACCUCCAUGGCCAUCAGCCUGACUCUCUACCCGCUGUCUGUGCUGGUGGCAAACAUGCAGGCGCAGGUUGGCGGGGAGGUGAAAGGGGUCAUGGCUUGUUGGAAGCUGCUGUGGGAAUCUCGCCACAAGAGUUUGACUCUGCUGUACCGAGGAGGCUCCCUGGUUAUUCUGAGGUCGUGCAUCACGUGGGGAAUCACCACUGCUAUUUAUGACAGGCAGGAGAAACGAUCAGGCUGAGGAGACACUGUUCAUCACUGUUCGUUGUGUUACCAUCCAGAAAAUGGCUGUAACUGGGUUACGUAGACUUUUGACAAGCUGAGUAUGUAAUUGUCAGUAAUCUGCAGUGUUUUAUUCCUUGUUAACCUUCCAUGUUACUCUUUCUAAGCAAACAAAACUGAUAGCAUCAACAAUGUAGACAGUCUAGUCAAUUCCAGUGUGCUAAUAAACCAUUCCAGUGUCACAGUGAGCCGGAACAAGAAAUUCUAGUAUUCUGAAACCACAGCAGCUAAAUGGAAUUCAGAUGUUACUCCGUUAUUCAGUGUAUUAUUUACAGAUGAGUUUUUCCAGUGUGUCACAGCAAAUUGUCUUCAGGGAAAAAACAUCAGUCAGAAUCACUGGAGCCACAAGAUCAUGAUCCAUUACCUGGUUCAGACCAGCAGACUGUCAGUUUUAAGCACAACCAGACUUGAAGCCUGGUCUCUGAAGUGGAGGUGAAUAUUGGUCAUGAGCCAAAGUUGUUUUGUUUUUGUUUUUGUUUUGUUUUUUUAAAAUAUAAAUAUGGGGCUGGUGAAUUACAGGUGCCUUUUUUGUCUUAUAAGGAAACUUCCACAUCUUUGCUCAUUGAAGUCAUUUUACUCAUCAUGGGAGGUAUGACAAAGCCUCUGAAUACAGUUGCGUUCUCUUUUCGUGGUAACUUUUGGGGCAUUUUUAAUUUUCUUAACACAGUAUAAAUGAGUGAAGAAAACGAUAAGUGACAAUAUGCUACAACUUUAUAACAGAAAGCCUGCUUUACAGAUUGAAAGCAUGGAUUUUGAAGGGCCUGGAUAUUUAGCAGGCAUGGAGACUACAAAGAAUGAGCUGCAAUAUGGGAAAAACCACUUUGAGCUUCAUCCACAUAAGGGGCUAAAAAUCAGCAUGUCUUCACAACUGAUGCUUUGAUUUUGAUGUGCUUUUCACUAGUCCCUCAACACCAUGGAAAACUGAUACACUGGAGUUACCUUUUUCUGCAUGUUGUUUGUUUAUUCACCAAGAUGUAAUUUAAUUGAAUGUAUGAUAUUGUAACAGGUUAUCUUUACAGUCCUGAUGAACUCAGUGCUGCCUGUCUGACUGGUUAUUCAUCUUCAUUUGCAGUUUUCAGGUUGAACAAGUUAAGGAUAGCAGCCAAAGUGCACUUACACUUGUGUUUGUUUUUAGGUUAACACCUUGAACAACUCCAGCCCACCUGAGGUAACAUGUUCAAGGUGUUAGCUAAUAGGCUGUGAAGUGUUUUCACUUUAAAUGAUAUCUUAACAUUGUCUUUAGUAAUGCUUUGUCUGUCUUCUAUAAUGCCCUUUGGGAUCAUCCAAUAUCAUUCUCAGGUAGACUGUUUUAAUACGAUGGUUCAUUUAUGAUGUAAGUUAAUAGUUUGUUUAUUUGUAACAUACCUACUGCUGUUUUUUAUUUUUGUCAUUUUUGGAAGUGAAAAUUUAAUUAUUGUUCUGAAAAUGUUGUGUACUAAAGGCAAUUCAACAUAUUUUUAUCAUUAAGCAACCUUUUUACUUUUAACUGUAUUUUUUUUUUAAAUCUACCAUUAACUAUUAAAAUCUACCAUUAACUAUUAAAAAUAUAUAAACCCA